CUCUCCGAUCUCCACUUCUCUAUGUGCCUUGCUUUCUUCCAGAAAACGCUCAAGUCAGUCAAAUUGGUUUAGAUCUAUUCGGCGGGGGUUAAAACGGCAACGCUCUCUUGCUGAAAAGUAGCGAAUUUGGUCUCGAUUUGAAGAAAAUUUGAAGCCCAUAAAAGAUUGCAUCUCCUGCUGCCGAUUUGAUUUGGGAGAUUGGGUUUUUCGAGUUUGUGACUUUUCUUUGAAGGCUGCGAAGACCUCUGUGUUUAAGCUGAAGUAGCUAAAGUUAAGAAAGAACAAAAGAUCACCAGUGUCCGGACGGAACUGCCCUCGCUUCUCUGUUUUCUUUCCGUUUGUGUCCCUGUUUUCCACGAGGCGCUCAUCUUAUUCUCUCGACUUUGAGAGUCAUCUUGAGUUAGGGUUUUGUUCCUUCGUUGCUUUUCUUGAUUUCGGCUUUUGCUCUUUUCGUUUUGGCUGUUCUUUCUUCCAAUCCUCUGUUUCCUGUGAUAUCCGUGCUUUCUUUCGCGGAAAGGGUUUCUGAUUUUCGUGGUUUAAGGGAUUUUGUGGUUGCCAGGCCGUUGUGCGUCUAUUUAGAUUCGGGAUUUUUUGCGUUCCGAGGGUUUCGACAUCUCUAAUUGGGGUAAAGAAUUCCUGCUGUUUCCCCCUUUUUCCGUUUGGGAUUUCUGGGUUGUGGCUGGGUUUUUGGCCGAUUUACACCUCUUUUCAAGGGUGGCGUCUUUGCAGCCCGCUGUGGAACAAGUGUGAUCCAACUAAGAAAUUUUGUGCCCAUCUUGGGUUCGCUUCGAACUUGGUUGAGACCGAUCUAAUCCGGCGUUUCCAGAUUCGGGAAACCGUCCCUUUCAGAUUUUUGGAUUUUCGAUUCUGAUUCUUGGAACUCUCUGUGCUAAAGAGUAACUAGUCGAACCCCAAAGCUGUACAAAUUAGGGCUUGCAGAUUCUCUCUUCGAGAAUUCUGAUUGCAUCGUAUCCAUUUGUCUUCAAAUCGAACUUGUUUUUCGAUGCCUAGGGCUUGAAGGCAGAGGAAUCAGAAUCGCACUUUUAGCGGCUCCGCACAGAUUAUCCUCGAUUUCAGAGGCCUCAAGAUUUUCGAUCGGCGUUGUGAUUGAAAGGAAUUUCAGGUACUUUGCAUUUGUAAUUGUUCAAUUCGAGAGGGAAAUGCGGGGAUAUGAUAGAGAUGAUUAUGGUCAGUCAGGCGACAAAUAUGAGGAUUAUGAGGAUGAUGAGGAUGGUGAAGAUUAUGAUGAGGAAAAGGAAGAUCCAAAGCCUACCAAGGAAGCAUUGGCAUACCUUGAGUUGAGACAACGCUUGAAAGAACAAUUACGAAAGAAGAAAAGCGGUUCUUCUUUGGCCAACUCCAGUAAUAAAAAGGAGCUCCCCUAUGACAAUUUUGGAUCCUUCUUUGGCCCAUCUCAACCAGUUGUUGCUGAGCGAGUGAUUCAAGAAGGCAAAUUGUUUUUAGAAACCAAGCACCUAACAUCCAGUGCUACCAACUAUGUCCACCAUAACAAGAAGGGGUCUGGAUCAACCUCUGCUGGAUCGAAAUCUGUAUCGAAUUUUGAAUUCGAAGACAAAGUUAUCAACCUGUUCAAAGAUUUCAUGGCCAGACUCGGCAAUUUUGACGAGUUGGUGGCCACUGGAAGCACAUUACUUGUCGACUUUCAGCAGGGGCUGGAGUUUCUUCGACGACCUCAGAUAGAUGAGACAUCGGAUUUGGUUAAAAAUGUAAUCCGAGGUAAUGAAACAAAGAGGGUUAAGUCAUAUGUUGAAGCUGGAUGUCUCAACGCUGACGAUGGCAGGCGAAAUAUAAGCAAGUUGCAUACAUGCCAACUUGGACUUUGUGACCAUAAUGCAAGUGCUGUUGUAGGCAAAAACGUACUUAAUGAACUUGAAUGCCUCCUGGAGGAUAUAAAUGGCGCAAUGCGAACUGCAAUGGGAAAUUUACCCGACUUUCAGGAUGACAGUUUUGCGGACAGGUUGAAUGAAAAAGCAUGCAACGGUGACAAGGAGGAAUUUACGUCAUCCCAUCCCAAAAGAAAUGAAGUUACCGAUUAUGCUGUCGUGAUGGGGGUCAUUUACAGUAUGGUCAAGCAAGACUAUAUGAUGCAGGAGAGGAUCGUCUCUGCUGUUAAUCUCAAGUCAUCUUCGGGAGAAUUAGAGAGCUACUGCCUGAUGUGGUCUUUGCGUCCGUUCAUAAAUAAUGAAAUUAUGGAUUAUGCUUGGAAACUUAUUCCCUGAAUGUUGCGGGAAUCUGAAUGCCAAGGUUUGCUUACUGUCAGAUUGUUAAAUUAAUUGUCAUAAUUUAGUUUAUUUCACAAAAUUAUAAAUAGAACUUAAAAAAAAAAUUAGGGCUUUUUCUUUAACAAGGAAAUAAAACUUUCUUUAUAUUGAA